UCAACGUGUUACGCCAUGUGAUAUGAUAAUAAUUUUUAUUAAAUCUUGUAAAAUUAAACGAUUAAACAAUCAUAGAUUCUCUUGUAAAGGCUCACCUUGUUUUCGGCAAAAAUCACAAAUAAAAUGUAAAUUGAGCAUACAAAUUUCAUUCUAAAAUGGGCAUGUAAAAUUCGUAUAAAUCGGUGAAUUACAUUUUGUUGUCAGACGAGAAAAUACAUUUUUGACAGAUUCAUAAUCGACAGUCGUUUUAAUGCUAUCGAUUACUCAAGCGACUAUAUUUUUCCUCGGUUAUAAAUAUUUUAAUGAAUCAUUUCAAAACCUGAUCAAUUUGACAAAUCAUUUUUAAUUGCACGUAUAAUGUGAAUUAAACUAUGUUCACGUUGUACACAUAAGUAUUGCAAAACGGAUUAGUUUGAAAUAUGAAAUUGAUGGAUGGAGUUGCUCGAUUGAAAAUAUUUUAAAAUAUUCUGUUUCGUCUGUGUCGUUUCUCGUGUAGUAUAGUUAAGGAACUGAAGAUUAUUCUAUGUCACUUUUUUUUUAAGCAAAUAUCAGGUUAUAGGUUAUGUUGGAUAGCGUACCAAACGAAGUUUCGUUUUUAAGGUUUGAAUUUCUUCAUUUACUUACUAUAUUUCUGCCACUUUUCGUUAACCGAUCGAUUGUAUUUAUUACAGGAUAUUUAGCAGAUUUGAAUAUAAAAAUCAGACAAUCAGUGUUACUUAACUCGAAGAAUAUAAUGCAUUAAUUUAAGAAAACUAGUAUUAAGAAUCAUUAAAAAAUGUAAUUGAAUUGUAUUAAUUCCUUGGAAAUCUCGAUGAACUUAAGAAACGCAUUAGAAAUUGCACUGAUUCUUCUUUUACUUUACCUUAUCCCUUCUUUCCUCCAGGUAUACUUCAUUUCAUGAAAUUGAUCAGGCAAGAUAAGAAUCUCGCUCAAAAAUAUUUUAAAUAAGUAACUUAAAUAAUUGUAAAAAAAAAAAUUAUUAUGUACCAUCUUUUAUUUAUGUGAAGAUCAUUACCGAGGUUGAUGUACCAGAACUCCAGCUGUUAGCGUCAAACUUGAAGCCUGAAGAGUGUGUCAAACUUGUAUCCUUAGGUUCUAAUUCUCCUUUAUCGGAAACGCAAAUACAAAAAUUAGCCCGAGAUCAAAGCUGUUUUCGAAGACUCGUGAAAUGGAUAUGCCAAUUGAGAACAGUUACGAGGAAUACGUAUCCGAUUUUGAACGAUCAUCUUAAACGAAUCGGAAGAAGAGAUUUGGUCGCGUGUCUCGCAGAAUUCAGUAUGAAAACUACGAAUGUUCCAAAGGUGGUUCGUCAAGUUCAACCUAUUGGAUAUUACAAGCUGUUCCCAACUUCAGACUGUCCGCCAAAUUUUAAUGACAAUCCUCAUAACAAUCCUCAUGACAAUCCUCAUGACAAUCCUCAUGACAAUCCUCAUGAUAAUCCAGACUAUGAUGAAUAUCAACCACCAACCACAACACCAAAACCUAAGCUCCCGAAACAGAUCGAGAAAAUCAGGUUUACUACUUUCACAUUGUCGGUGCAAACUGCAACGCUCAUUGUUAUUUCAAUUAUAUUAGUUACGUGUUGUUGCACUUUGUUUAUAAAGAAAAAAUUCGGGCAUCUGUUUGAUCGAUUACGAGGGAAGAAGAAAAAAGGUAAAUUGAUCAUGAUCGAAGAAGAGGGAGCAGAUAUAUCUAGAAGUUACUUUCUUCGAAAACCACGAAGGAAAAGGAAAAGGGCGCCAUCGUACGAAAUGGUGACCACUGCCACACAAAACGCUGCAGUUCCCGUGACGCCCGUGAAGGAAGUGGAAGAGACAACGAAAUCACCAGGUUGUCAAAGAUGUUUCAAGAAGAAACGAAAGAGAGCAGCGAAAAGACCGCAUAGAUAAAGCGUGUAAUUAAAAAAAUGUGUUGAAUAUAUUAAAUUCAACACACGAAUUGUAUAAAGCUCAAAUGUUCACACCUGUAAUUUUAUUUUAUAUUAAAUAUACUGAAUUAUCGGA